CUUUACCAAAACUGUCCACCAGGUGGGGCACAUCUCAACACAUGAAAUAACGCGCAUGCGCAUUUCCUGUUAUUCCUCCAACAUGUCUGCCUCCUGCCUGGUUGCACUUAGGGCAUCUCUGACAGGUGGCUCCUGCCGGUGGUUCCUCAGACACGGCGCUCCGACACCGACAGUGUGCCACCGUCUGCGGCUUCAUGUCUUCCCCACCGCCGGACUGAACAGCUCCAGAACCGAACCGACACAGAGCUCCGAGGCUGCCCACACUCCGACAGGGGGAGGCGGGGAGGAGGAGCUGGAAGGACCCGAGUAUAUCCCAAGGCGGAAGGCCAAGAACCCUAUGAUGAAGAUAGGUUAUGCUUGGAUGAUUGGACUCCCUGCUGGAAUAAUCGGCUUCAUUCUGGCGAAGAGACAAGUGGACAAAAACCGCCUGAAGCAGCUGAAGGUCAGGCAGAGGAUGAAACGAUCCAACGAGGGCGACUAUGAGGGGAGUCGAUAUCGCCAACACAGAGUGGAUCAGUGAAUAGAUCACACCAUGCGGGACUCCUGGACUCCGGCAUAAAGCUCUCAUUAAAACAAAGAUAUUUAUACAAUGAAUAAAGCUACAUGCAGACAAUAACCAUCACCUGGUGAACAAAGAAUCGCAAGAAGCCUCAGAAAGGAAACAAAUUAUUUUAUAUGAAAAUGCGAACCGAUUGUUUUUUCCCAGUAUGAUGUAUAUAUAAACAUUUACAGCAGCUACAUGGGCUUUACGUGUUAAAUGUUUGACACUACUGCUUUAAUAAAGGCUUACGCAACUCAG